AUGCACGGGCAUGCGCACCACAACCAUGCGCGAAAUGCAGAGGAACUAGAGGAGCGAGGAAAUAUCGAGGAGCGAGGCGAUGUUGUGAUUGUGUACAAGACCAUAGCUCCGGACUUUGAAGGGGAAGUGGGAGGAUAUGUAACCGGCGUCCAACAAACCACUACCACGGCAGCGCACGCCGGUGUUGGUGCUCCUGUCAGCGCGUCCACAAGGACCAAAGAACAAACAACCGAGACCAAAGCCACAGAUGAGGCGACCACAACUAAGGCUAAGGAGGAAUCGACCACUACCAAAGAGACUGUAGCCCACACGACUCAUGAAACUAAAGCGGAGACUACCGAGACUACCGAGACUACCAAGGCUGAAACGACAGACAAGAAAACAACCACUACCAGCGAGUCGGAGGCUCCGAUCACGGCAACUUCCUUUGUGACUUCGGCAUCAUCUACCUCGGAAUCUUCCCAGAGUGUCAACGAUCUCCUCGCGGCAACCUCCACCGGAUCGGCCAGUAACUCUGCCGCAUCGGCCUCGUCUACUGUGCUUGGAACUACUACUUCUGAGGGUAUGACUGGUGGCGCGAAGGCUGGUGUGGCCAUUGGUGUCAUCUUCGGUGUUGGUGUGAUUGCUGGCCUAAUUUUCUUCUUCAUGCGCAAGAAGAAGAGAAGCCAGGAUGGAUAUCAGCAGGAGAAUGAGAAGACCUAUGGUGGCGAAGGCCUGCCAGAGGGUAUCGCUGCUUCAUUCCCACCUCCACCUCCUUCCAAGCCGCAGACACCUUCGACACCCCCGCAGCUUAAUGUUCGCCCCGUCACUCAAUUCGCGCCUGAUCUCAGCGGCAGUGGUGCCUUGAACCCGGCCAAUGCUGGUGCCUCCGGAGGUUUGAGCCCAGCCACUGUUGCUGUUGCAGGUGCUGCAGCUGGAUCGGCCGCCGUCGCCUCUCGUAAUCUCACUGGCGAAUCCCCGCCUCCCACUCCGCCAAAGUCUGCUGGGAGUGACUCUAACCCGUUCAAGGACCCCGUCAACCCCUUCAACCCAACCACCAGCCCUGUCACCCAGACUGCGCCUUCGGUUGUUGCAUCACCCACCACCCCUGUUACCCAGACCGCGCCUUCGGUUGCCGGAUCAGCCACUGAACCGUUUGGAUCGACCACUGCGCCAUCUGGAUCAACCGUCGCAGCUGCCGCGGUCGGUGCCGCAGCCGUCGGUGUUGCAGCAGGUGCUGCUCCUUCAUCUCGAGCGUCCAAUGAUUCCGAGAGAUACCAUUCCGCCGAAUCACGCGGCCAUUCCCCAAGCGGCUCAACCCAAUCCGCGACAGUCCCUGCUGAUGCUACCGCUGCCACAGCUGUUGCUGUCGGCGCCGGUGCCGCUGGCGCAGCAGGCGCCAUGGCUGCCGGCCCGGCACCCCCUAACAAUGUUUACCGUGUGCAACUGGAUUUCAACCCCUCUAUGGAAGAUGAGCUUGGCCUUCGCGCAGGAGCGCUUGUGCGCUUGGUUCAUGAGUACGACGAUGGAUGGGCUCUCUGUAUGCGCCUUAACAACCCCCAGCAAGGAGUUGCCCCACGCUCUUGCCUCUCGGCUCGCCCUGUGAUGCCUCGCGCCCGCCCACCCCCCGGCGCUCCCGGCUCUCGCGGCCCACCCAUCAUGGGCCCUGACGGUCGCCCAAUGAUGGGCGGCCCGCCUGGUCCAAGAUUCUACCCGCAAGAUGCCCGCCCGAGAUCCCCCGGUAGUUCUGGCGUGUCUGGACCACCGCCUUCUCGCCCUUACCCUGGCCCCGGAUCUGCUGUCCAAUUCCCGCCAGUUCCCCGCUCUAUGUCGCCCGGUCCUGGGGGAAUGUCUGGCCCUCGUUCGAUGUCCCCCGGACCCGCAGGUAUGCCAGGGCCUCGCUCGAUGUCUCCUGGGCCCCGCGGAAUGCCCGGUCCUCGCUCUAUGUCCCCCGGGCCAGGAGGACGCCCUGUCCCACGCUCAAUGUCUCCUGGGCCCCGCGGAAUGCCCGGCCCACGCUCGAUGAGCCCUGGUCCAUACGGACCUCCCGGAAUGCAGCGGCCUGUGAUGCCUGUCAAUCAACGUCAACGCAGCAAUAGUGCCAGCAACGUCGCCCCGCCCAUGGCAGCGCCCGCUGCGCCUGUAGUUUCAAGUCCAUUGGCCGCUCUUGCUCCCGCUCCCGCUGCGCCACAAGUUUCGAGUCCACUAGCCGCUCCUGCCGCCGCGCCUGCCGCCGCCCCUAUCCCUGCUCCUGCCCCCGCUCCGCCGCAGGUUUCAAGCCCCCCAGCUGCUGAUGUGCCUGCUCCCGCCACACUGCCAAUGCCAAGUCCCUUAGCUGCUCCUACUCCUGCUCCCACCAGCGACCUUCCAGCCCUUCCGACUUCCCCGAUGACUUCUCCGUCCGGCUCGAUCUCGCGAAAGCCCGUCCCUACCCAGAACGCUUAA